AUGAAGAGUCAGAUUGUUAAAGAAAUUAAAGAAACCCGAAUUACAAUUAACAACCAUUUAGAUGAAAUACAAAAUGACAUACUAGAAAAGUUAAAUGCAGUGGAAGUAGAAGAAAACACGAAGAUGGUCACGUUGUUGUUACUAUUAAAGGAAAAAGAAGAUGAGAUAAGCGAAUGCCAGAAAAGCAUGGGGGAAAUCAAGAAAAAUGCAAAAGAUCUAAAGAGUUAUCUCCUCAUGAAAUAUUUUGAAAACGAAGUAUCAAGCAAAGGUGAAUUCCUCCAAUCAUUUGCAAUGAUCGACACAGAAAAUUUUCAGGAACGUAAUUUGUCAUAUAAAGCACAUGCCGCCAUUCAAAAACUCCUAAUCGAUAUCAACAAUUUCGGGGCUAUAACGAUUGAGACAAAACCAAGUAAUGUAGUCAUAAAAAGAAGAAACUUCAAAGAAGAACAACUAUUGGUGCCAUCCUUAUCAACGGUGGACCAUAUUGAAUUAAAUCUGAUAAAAACUAUAGAUUCUACGGGAGAUAACACAUGGGGAUGUUGCACGUUUCCAGAUGGUAGACUUGCGUUUCCAGAUUACUAUAGUAAAACUAUCAGAGUAUUCAACACUGACGGAUCCUUUUCAUUUGAUGUGAAAACAGCAACAUGUGCAUGUGACAUAGCGUACAUUAGUGAAGACAACACGUUAGCUGUAUCAUCAGGAGGAUCAGAUACGCCAUCCAUUUCACUAAUUGACAUACAAAACAAACAAAUGAAGGAAACAAUACCAGUUGGUUCUUAUUGUUAUGGCAUAGCAAUAAAAGAGAACGAGCUCAUUUGUUCUGCGGCUGAUGAUGGAAUACAAGUCAUCAACAUGUUCAACAACUCCACGAAUGAUAUAGUCUCAGAACAAAUACCAUCUGGUGGCUACGUUGCUACAUUUUGUGACAAAGUUUACCAUGCAAAUAACGAAACAGACUGCGUCACGUGUUUAGAUCUACACGGUAUUGACCAAUGGACAUUCCAGAAUGAGAAUAUUCUAAAGGAGCCACGUGGUAUAUCUGUAGACAACGACGGUAAUGUGUACGUAGUGGGGGUAGCAUCUUUUAAUGUCGUAGUUAUAUCUGCGGAUGGAACACAAUAUAAGGAACUAUUUAUAGUCAGUGAUGACCUUUUUGAACCGUAUACUCUUGACUAUAAUAAAGAUACUAAUCAGUUAUUAGUUGCCGAUAAUAGUAACAAAGCAAUGCUUUUUGAUGUUGGCCGUUGA